AUGAGUGGAAUACUAAAAAAAGAGUUUGAAAAUUUAGAAAGAAGUUAUAGUUAUGAAAAUACAGUUCAAUUAGGAAGAUUUAGAAUUCAGGACGAUAAUGAUUUAGCUAAAAUUGAUGAAGAAGAUGAAGAUAAAAAUAUAGAAAGACGUAAAAGUAAAAGUGUAAGAUUUGAUUCAUUUGAUCCAAGAGAGGAAUGGAAACAAGAAAAAAGAGCCCGAUCAUGGAGCGAAUAUUUUAAACGAUUUAGCUUAAAUUUUAAUUUAGGAAGUUCAAUGUUUCAUUUUAGAGACCUGUUAACAGAUUGGAUUUGCCUUGCAGCACUAGGAAUUAUUUCAUCAUUUCUUUCAAUAAUAAUUGAUAAAUUAGUUGAUAAAAUGCAAAUAUUUCAAAGAAUACUUAAAAGUUUAACUGAUAUUGAGAGUGAUUUUUUCUUUUAUGAAAUUUUAGGUUAUAUUGGAUGGACAUUUUAUACUGUUGCUCUUGUUCUUUCUGCAGCUUCUUAUGUACAUACUGUUGCACCACAAGCUAUUGGUUCUGGUUUACCAGAAAUGAAAACAAUUCUUCGUGGAGUAGUAUUAAAAGACUUUUUAACAUUAAAAACAUUAUUAUCAAAAGUUGUUGGUUUAGUUUUAAUAUUAGGUAGUGGAAUACCUGUUGGUAAAAUGGGUCCAUUUGUUCAUAUUGCAGCAAUUAUAGCUAAUUUAAUAAGUAAUUUGGCAAAAAAUUUUGACUCUGCAUUUGCUAAUGAAGCGCGAAAAACUGAUAUGUUAGCUGCUGGUUGUGCAGUAGGUGUUGCUUGUACUUUUUCUGCUCCAAUCGGAGGAGUAUUAUUUUCUAUAGAAGUAACAACAAUGUAUUUUAGUGUUAGAAAUUAUUGGAGAGGUUUUUUUGCUGCAGCAUGUGGAGCAACUGUUUUUAGAUUACUUAAAAUGACAUUUCUUGAAUCUGAAGUAACAUUACUUGCAUUUUAUCAAACAAAUUUUCCAAAAGAUAGUUUUGUAGCAGAAGAAUUAAUUUUAUUUGCUAUUCUUGGUUUUUUUUGUGGUAUUAUUGGAGUAUGUUUUGUUGGAUUUUAUAAAAAUCUUGUUAUGGUAUUAAGAACAAAUAAAUUUGCCAAAAAAUUAUUUCAAAAACAUUGGAUUGCUUAUCCAUCAUUGAUAGCAUUUAUAGUUGCAUCAAUAACAUAUCCCCGUGGAUAUGGUAGAUUUUUAACAGGAAGAUUUAAAUUUACAAGAACAUUAGUUGAUCUUUUUGCUAAUUGUACAUGGCAUAAAGAUUUAAAAUCAGUUGAUUCACCACAUGGAUGUAAUGCAGAGUUGAUAUCAGGAUGGAGUAAUCAAGAAGGAUUAGGUCCAUAUAAUGUUUUACUUGUUUUAACAAUUUUUACAAUUUCUUUUUUAAUUUUAUCUGCAUUAUGUAAUUCAAUGCCUAUUCCAUGUGGUAUGUUUAUGCCAGUAUUUGUUUGUGGAGCAGCUUUUGGACGUUUAUUUGGUGAAAUUGUUUCACAAACAUUUCCAGAAGGAAUAUCAGAAAUGACAGAUCAACCUAUAUUUCCUGGUAUAUAUGCAGUUGUUGGAGCAGCAGCUUUAACUGGAGCUAUAACUCAUUCUGUUUCUGUUGUUGUUAUUUGUUGUGAAUUAACGGGUCAAGUUAUUUAUUUAAUUCCAUUAAUGAUUGCAGUAUUAGUAGCAAAUGGAGUUGCAACAUAUUUUAAACCCUCAAUAUAUGAUGUUAUUAUUAAAAUAAAACAUUUACCAUAUUUACCAGAAAUUCCUCCAUCAAAUUCAAUAUUACAUAUGAUAAGUGCUGAACAUAUUAUGGUUUCACCUGUUGAAUUUUUACCAAGAAAAGUUACAUAUGAACAAAUAAAAGAAAUAUUAAUUAAACUAAAACGUGUUCGAGCAUUUCCAGUUGUAGAUAAUCAAGAUAAUAUGAUAUUAUUAGGAUCAGUUUCUCGAAGAUUUUUAUUAGAUUUGUUAAAUAAUGUUAUUGGUGAAGAAGCAAGAAAAAAAGAAGCAGAAAGAAGAAUUAAAUUAGCCAUUUCUACAAUUGAUAGGCAUUUUAAAGAAGCAGCUUUUUUAGCUACAUUAAAAUCCACAGUUAUUCAAGAUCAAAAUAAUGAUAAAAGUUUACCACAAAAUAAAUCUGAUAGUAGAUUAAAUGAUAGAAAAAUAAGUUGUCCUGAAACUAAAAAUUCAUUUAAACGUAUAACAUCAAUAUUUAAUAAUAGAAAAAACGAAUUUCUUAGUGAUUCAAAUGAAGAUUUAUCAAAAGGUAGAUUUAUUGUGGAACCUGUAGAUGGAAUACCUACAUUUACUGAUAAAGAUAUAAAUGUUUUAUCUUCUAGAAAACCAGGAAGAAGGAAUGCUUAUAUUGCAAAAAUUAAUAAUGAAGAAUUUGAAAAUGAUUCUAAAGAAUUAGAAUCAAAUACAAUUACUGGUUCAAAUAGUGAUUGUAAAAAAAACAUGAGACAAAAAAGUAGUUCAUUCCAUCAAACUUCAUCAGAUAAUGAUUUAAAAUCAUAUAAUACUACAAUUACAGGUUCACUACUCUCUCAUCAUGAUUCUGAACUUUCAUUAUCAAAAUAUUUUCGUGAAGCUAAAAAAAAGUUUCAUUCACUUCAAUUUUCUGUUUUUAAUGGAAAACAUGAUGAUAAUUUAAAAAAUAUAUCAUUUGAGUUGGAUAGUGAUGAAAUUAUAGAAUUUGAAAAUCGUGUUUUAAAAGAAGAAACUAUGAUUUCUGAUAAUAUAAUUGAUGCAGCUCCAUUUCAAUUAGUACGUAGAACAUCUCUAUUUAAAGUACAUUCUUUAUUUUCUUUAUUGGGACUUAGUAGAGCUUAUGUUACUGAUUGUGGACGUUUAAUUGGAGUUGUUGCUUUAAAAGAUCUUAGAAUUGCAAUACAAAAAGCACAGUCAGCAGUAAAUACUAAACAUAUAAGAAAAUUACAUCGUCGUAUGAGUAUAAAUAUGGAUAGUGAUAGUAAUACAUCAGAAAUAAAAGAACCUGGUCCAUAUGUACCAUCAGCUUAUAAAAAAAAUGAUGAUGAACAAUGUGAAUAUACUAGACAGGUAAAAGAAGAAAGAAAUUUAGAACCAUCAUCAAGUGCUAUUAGUUUACAUGAUAUAUUAACACCUCCAUUAGAAGUCGUUCAACCACCAUAUGAAGAAAUUUCAUAUGACAGUGCACAUAAUUCAAUACAUAAAAAUUGUCAAAAUACUAUGACAAAUGAUUAUAAUGUAGAUGAAAAUUCAAAGGACUGUAUUUCUUUUGAUGUACAAAAUACAACUAAUGAAUUAGAUAGAGCUAUAUCUUAUUUACGAAGAAAAAGUAUUCCAUUUGAUGAACAAAUUGACAAUGAAACAGACAAAUAA